UGUAGGUCCUGGGAAAGAAAGAAGGCUCGGAAGGUGUGUGGCAGCUGGUUCUGGAAGCUGUGGCGGCGGUGUGUAGCAACAUGGACAACGCAGGGAAGGAGCGUGAGGCAGUCCAGUUGAUGGCGGAGGCGGAGAAGCGAGUUAAAGCCUCCCACUCUUUCCUCCGAGGGCUGUUUGGAGGAAACACAAGAAUAGAAGAGGCUUGUGAAAUGUAUACCAGAGCUGCAAAUAUGUUCAAGAUGGCUAAAAAUUGGAGUGCUGCAGGAAAUGCAUUUUGUCAGGCAGCCAAGCUCCAUAUGCAGCUUCAGAGCAAACAUGAUUCUGCUACCAGCUUUGUGGAUGCUGGGAAUGCUUACAAAAAGGCAGACCCUCAAGAGGCUAUCAACUGCUUAAAUGCAGCCAUCGACAUUUACACAGACAUGGGAAGGUUUACAAUCGCAGCCAAACACCACAUUACCAUUGCUGAGAUUUACGAGACUGAACUUGUAGACAUUGAGAAGGCUAUCGCACAUUAUGAACAAUCAGCUGAUUAUUACAAAGGAGAAGAAUCCAAUAGUUCAGCUAACAAGUGUCUACUGAAGGUGGCAGCAUAUGCUGCUCAGCUUGAGCAAUACCAGAAAGCCAUUGAAAUCUAUGAGCAGGUUGGAGCAAACACCAUGGAUAAUCCUCUGUUGAAGUACAGUGCAAAGGAUUACUUCUUUAAAGCAGCCCUCUGUCACUUCAUAGUCGAUGAGUUGAAUGCCAAGCUUGCUCUUGAGAAAUAUGAGGAAAUGUUUCCAGCAUUUACUGAUUCAAGAGAAUGUAAAUUAUUGAAAAAACUUCUAGAAGCUCAUGAAGAACAGAACAGUGAAUCUUACACUGAAGCAGUGAAAGAAUUUGACUCAAUAUCUCGCUUGGAUCAGUGGCUUACUACCAUGUUGCUUCGUAUCAAAAAGUCCAUCCAAGGGGAUGGAGAAGGAGACGGAGACUUAAAGUGAAACAAUUAUAAGUCUUUGUGGCAUGCAGCUAACCUCUCUUUAGUUUCCUCUUAGGGCCGAGUGAUCUUUAUGAGAUGUCUAUUUAAUGACUUAAUUUUGUUGCACAUGAGCUUAAUGACGUGUGUGCAGUUUUCAAGUUUGCUGUGUUUGUGUCAAUGUUAAACGGAUGGGUAAAAAGCUUCUGUGCAUACUGUGGAUAUAAUGGGUUAUUUCAUGCUUGCCAAAGUCCUUAGAGUUUUCUGAGAACCACUUCAGAAUUUUCUUAAUAUUUGAAAACAUGGGUUUUGUUUGCAAAACCCAUGUUUAAUUUUGCCACAUAUUUUCUGUUCUUUUUCUUGAACUUGAGUACCCAACCCAACUGUUCUAAUUAAUGCUUUGAAUAUUCUCUGUAAAUUUGCAUCUGAAUAUAUUCUGUAAGUGUAUGUGUUAGUUAGGGUGGUUGUUAGGAAUAAGUUUAUGACUUCAUUCGAAAUUUGUUGUUAUCUUGUGAUUCUUUUGAUGUUGCUAAUGACUAGUUUCUUUGCUUUUGAUAUUGUUCCCUAUGCCAACAUGCAUGUGAAAAUUCAGAACAGCCAGGGUCUGCCUGAAUCACACUGUGAGAAAAGGGGACUUCCUGGUGUCCCUUGCUUAUGUGUGAAUGAAUGUCAAGGUGGGUUCAACUGCUUUGUAUUUAUAUACACAGGCACACACACACAACUAUAUAACAUCUGUGAGAAAUAGAACUUUUUCUUUUCCUAGACAGUUUCCACUUUUAGUUGGGGUAAAAAUCCCUGUUUAUAUUCACAUAAAGGUGUUUUAACUGGCACAUGUCUGCUCUUUCAUGUUCAUAUUCUUUCCCAUUGAGAUGGUAUCCUUCCUGUAUCCACAGUCAUGUACAUCCUCAUUGAGAAAGUAUUUCAGUAAUUUUAGUCAUUUAUUGAACGUGAUGAGUUAGGUAGGGUAAACAUGGUACAGAGGCUUAUUAUAUGCCUCCAACUAGCUUCUGAGGGGACUUGACUUUCCUCUUGGCUGAUGGAAUUGUUUUAGCUUUUGUGUUUGAACUUUGAACUCUGUCAUUUUCUUUUGUUUUACAUUACUAACAUGUGCUCUAUUGAUUUAUGAACUUGAUCCCAUUAUGUUACAUGUUGACAUAUUUUAGACAUGGCCUUGUUUCUUGAACCUCCUCUAUGCGUAUUUUUAGGCUUAAAUUAUUUAUGUUCCAUGUGCAUUUGUUGCCAGAGAUAGCCUGUUUCUUUCUAAAUUGUGCUGCUUUCAUUAAUGACAGGUGGUGAAAUUCCCCAUCUUAUGUUAGAUAGUAACAGGUAUUUAAAUGUUUUCAUUUUUUUAAAUAUUCUAUUUAUUUAGUUUUAGAGAGGGGAAGAGAGGUGAGAAACAUUGAUGUAAGAGAGAAACAUCAAUAGGUUGCCUCACAGAUGCGCCCCAUCGAGGGACUGAACCUCCUACCCAGACAUGUGCCCUAACCGGGGUCCUUUCACUUUGAGGGAUGAUGCCCAACCAACUGAACCACACCAGUCAGGGCUGAUGUUUUCAUUUUUGGAUGAUCCUCAACUGGGAUUAAGGGCUAGAAGUAGAAUGGGUGUGCCCAGUCCAAGGGCACAGUGAGAAGGAAGGUUUGGGAAUGGUGAAUAGGUUAGUCUGAGAUAAAGGAGAAAGCAGUAAAGAAAGUUGAGCCCUGGCUGGUGUGGCCCAGUGGACUGAGUGCCAGCCUGUGAACCGAAAGUUUGCUCUUCGAUUCCCAGUUAGGGCACAUGUCUGGGUUUCAGGCCAGGUCUCUGGUUGGGGGUGUGCG